UUUUGCUUCCCUGUAUACAUAGGGAGAGUUAUCCUGAUCACACAGAUGGGGCAGAUGUACCAACCAAGAAUUUGGAAUAUAAUGAGGAAACGAUGGAGCUUGUGCUUCCUUCUGGUGCCAGAAUUGGUCAUCGAUCAUUGCUGAGAUAUUAUAAACAACAAUUUGGUACCUCCAGAGCAGUGGCUGCUACUGGGGCUUGCAUCUUAGGCAGAGUGCUACAGCAGUACAAGACAUUAGGCUGGUCAAGUGAGCUUGCAAAAGCAGUAUCUCGGAGAAAAGAGCGGGAUAUGCAAUAUGUACAAAGAAUGAAAUCCAAGUGGAUGUUGAAGACAGCAUUGUCCAAUAAUGCUACAAAGCAGAUGCAUUUCAGAUCUCAAAUCCUAUUUUAGCAAUUGUCAACAGUCAAGAAGUACUAGCAACUGUGGAGGAUAAUUGCAGCACUGAACUUGCUGUUUCUUGAUGCCUUUUCUGAUUUUACUGAGAUUUGUUUUUACACCUGCCAUGCUUUUUGUAGGUUUACCUUUUAAGUUAGAGAACUUAACAAUGAUUUCAAUAAUGAAAACCACUUAAAUACUUAUCCAAUUUCAUUCUGAUACAUAUAUUGUGAAUUCUGUGCAUCUGUAUAAUUUUGGCUAUAUGUACAAUCUACUCCAAUCAAAUGAAGUUGCUUUUUUUUUUAAAAAAAAAAAUUGCAUUUGUUGCAUUUGGUAAUGUUAUUUUUGUUCAUACUUUUUCCAUUCUAAGGAUAGCACAUCAUAGUGGUUAGUACUACUGCCUCAGUGCCACGAAUCUGGGUUUGAUUCCAGCCUUGGGUUGCGCGCCCUUUGCGUGGUCACCUCGUGUCAGUGUGGGUUUGCUCUGGUUUCCUCCCUUAGUCCAAAGACGUGUAGGCUAGACGCAUUAGUAUUGCUGAAUUGUAGGGUGAAUGUCUGCGUGAGUUAACUAUGGUGAAUGUGGGGUUAUGGGGAUAGGGAGCGAUGCCCUGUCAGAGGGUCGGUGGUGACUCAAUGGGUGAUGCUGGUUGUAGUCAAAUGCUUAUUUCAGUAAGAUAAGCACGUUGGACCAUCAAAAUCUGACAUUCACCAAAUGACUCAAUUUGAUGUUGGAUACACUAAAAUGCUUCUGUCAGUGAGAUCACUACAUUUGCACAUUAAAAUCUUACAGUCACCAAA